CACUACUACUGCUAUUGGUACUGCUACUGGCGCUUGGUGUUGCCUGCCGGUGGUGGUAGUGAGUGCACGGCAUAUUUCGCUUCUCUCUUUGUAAGUUCACAGUACCAUCACACAUCUCUCCGCCGCUUGCUCUCACGAGCCCGAGAUCUAUUCACCUUCCUUCUCGGACGGUGGCUGGCCUUUAGGACCUCUUUGGUCUCGCAGCCGUUUAUCUCUUCUGUCCUCCUCUCUUUCUCUUCUCUCUUACCUCAUCUCUCCCUUUCCUUCCCUCCCCAUCCCACUCUCUCUCUCUCUCUCUCUCCCUCUCUCUCUCUCUCUCUCUCUCUCUCUUUCUCGCUCGAUCACUUUUCUUUCUAUUUGUUUCUCUUUUUCCUUUCAUUUUCAUUUUUUCCUUCGUGACUUCCGCAAAUUUUUUCCGUCAAUCCUUCUCCGUCCGCGUGCCUCAAACGUAAUUUGCUCACGACCGAAGGAAAAGUGCGUGUGUCUUCGCCGGCGCCGUGUCCCCGUAUGAACGAUUCAAUACUGGAGGUAACGGAAGAAAAAACCAGUAUCAAAAAAACUUGUCGCACAAGUACACUGCCUUGCGUGUCGCGUGUCGCUUUCGCGAAUAGUUUUGCGUGCACACGAACGCGGAAGAUCACUGAUUUUCCGAUCGAAAUUCCACGGAUUCCACGGUGCAAUCUCUCCGUCGCUGAUACGUUUGGGCAAUCAGAAUGUAUCGUCCGCUAUUCUUUCUCGUCUUCGUUUACGGAAGCAUUCGCGGAAUGCAAUUCCAGAACAAAGGAGAAGUACCUCGGCUGUACCAUCCGCGUUUCUUGAUGUACGAGGAGCCGUACAAUAUCGAGUUCAAGUAUCACAAUUACGAGCAGAUGAGCCGCUUUCUUCGCGCGACGUCCCUUCGAUUUCAAAAUCUCACCGCGCUAUACUCGAUAGGAAAGUCGGUGAAAGGUCGUGAUUUAUGGGUAAUGGUCGUGUCGUCCUCACCUUACGAGCACAUGAUCGGAAAGCCCGAUGUAAAGUAUAUCGCUAACAUACACGGAAACGAAGCUGUGGGACGCGAAUUAAUGCUACAUCUCAUUCAUUUUCUCGUGACAUCAUACGGAUCAGACGCAUAUAUCACAUGGCUUUUGGAUAAUACAAGAAUUCAUAUUCUACCGUCAAUGAAUCCUGACGGCUUUGAAGUCUCUAAAGAAGGACGAUGCGACGGUGGUCAAGGCAGGUACAACGCGCGCGGCUUUGACCUGAACCGCAAUUUCCCGGACUAUUUUAAGCAAAACAAUAAGAAGAGCCAGCCGGAGACCGAGGCCGUCAAGGAGUGGGUGUCGAAGAUUCAGUUCGUGCUCUCGGGCAGUCUGCACGGCGGUGCCCUCGUUGCCAGCUACCCCUUCGACAAUACCCCAAAUUCGCGAAUAUGUCGAUCGGCGCCACUAUGUGCAGUGUUUCAGAGUUUCACGUCGACGCCGAGCGUUUCGCCGGAUGACGACGUGUUUCAACAUUUAUCGUUGACGUACUCUCGAAACCACGGGUCUAUGUAUCAGGGAUUACCAUGCUCGCCGUCUCAGCCCGCAUUUAAACGUGGAAUUACUAACGGCGCCGAAUGGUACCCGCUUACCGGGGGAAUGCAAGACUUCAACUACGUGUGGAACGGCUGUAUGGAGAUCACCUUGGAAAUUUCUUGCUGCAAGUAUCCCCCGGCCGCGGAUCUGCCGCAUUACUGGGCGGAGAAUCGAGCGUCUCUGAUCAAAUUUCUAGCAGAGGCUCACAGAGGUGUUCACGGUUUCGUUAUGGAUGAAAAUGGUAAUCCUAUCGAAAGGGCUUCCGUUAAAGUGAAAUCACGAGAUGUCAGUUUCUCGACAACGAAAUACGGCGAAUUUUGGAGAAUCCUCCUGCCUGGCGUUUACAAGUUAGAGGUAUUUUCGAAUGGAUAUAUACCCCGUGAGAUAGAGUUUGUAGUAAUCGAACAACAUCCAACGCUCCUCAAUGUUACCCUUUACUCGACAAAAAGACAAUACGACGAUGAAAAUGGAUCUGUUUUAUACAACGGAAACAUCGGUGGAAGGCCUUAUCCGCAUCGUGAUCAUUCGUUACAUUAUCGACCCCAAUCGGGAAUUAAUACCGCGACCGACAGCACCAACAGCGGUAUCUUCUCGUCUAUCAGUAACGGAUUUAACAACUUCAUGACCAAUCUCUUUGGGUAAUCUCAAGAGACACAAUUAUUUAUUUAUUCCAUAUUAUACCGUGUAAAAUAAAAUAAAAGUAAGUUUAGUCUAUCUAUAUUUUACGGAUAGUCGGUGCAAAUAGAUCAUAAUUAAUCCGAUUAAUCGGCAAAAUACUGCCAAAUAAUAAUGUUCUACGUUAUCUCUCAUAUUAAGUUUGAUAUAUAAUCUCUAUCGUUGUUAAAUAUUUAUAUAUCAGGAAUGUGUAUAUUAAAAAGUGUACUUUUUUUAUUGCAUUUACAAAGAAAACGCAACUAUUUUUAUUUCAUAGUCAUACAGUCAGUAAUAUAUUAUAUAAUAUCUACGAUAUUUAAAUGUUCUAUAGCAGAGAUAAUUAACACAAUCGUUAAUUAGUCCCUUAGGUUUUAGUAAUAAAAGUGUUAUUUAUUAUUAAGCUCUUUAUUUCUUCUAUUUAUGAUAACAAUGUUCAAACACAGUUAUCAAAUAAAAAAAAGAAAAAUAAAA